CUGAGUAACGGUGUCGGCUUGCUGGCUUUGUCAGAUGGUGUCGCGUAUCCUUUAACAUUGCAUCAAUCGCCGUUAAACUCAUAUUGAAUCAAGAUGAGCGCCGGAAUGCCAGAGCUGGGCUCUAAGAUCAGCCUAAUAUCGAAAGCCGAUAUAAGAUACGAGGGAAGGCUAUUCACGGUUGACCCCCAGGAAUGUACAAUCGCCCUUGCCAAUGUACGAUCUUUUGGAACGGAGGAUAGGGAGACGCAGUUUGCGGUGGCGCCACAGAAUCAAGUGUAUGAAUACAUUUUGUUCAGGGGUUCCGAUAUUAAGGAUAUUCGAGUUGUCAAUAAUGUCAACACGCUGCCCAAUGAUCCAGCUAUUGUACAGAUGACAGUGCAGCCGUCGAUGGGCCAGCAAUCAUACCAACCUCAACCGGGAUAUGGGCAUCCAAUGAUGCCCCAGAUGGGUCCAAUGGGUGGCCAAUAUGGGGCGCCCUAUGGGAUGGCCAUGGGCGCAAUGGGCCCCGUAAUGGGAUUGCCAAGUGCCUCGAGGGAUCCCCGUAUGUCCAUGAGCAAACCGAAUAGUGAGUUGAACUCCGGCCCUGCUGAACAAAACAUCAUCAAUAUCCCAAAUUCUCUGCCGACGGCGAACGUCAAGCCGUUGACAAAAGAUCAAUCUCUGGAAGAUGGCGUCCUCGAGAUGCUAAGUGGAGCCUCGCGCUCAACGACACCUACGUCCUCCCUAUUGACCCGCAAGAGUCCCACAAACGACCAAGGAACUCAAGUUGGUCACCAGCAGAACCAACAGGGGUCUGUAGGCAAGGUUGGAGACAAACCCAUCAACAGAGGUGUUCAAGGAGCCCACCGAGACCGGGACACACGUUCGAGAGGUCGCAGUAGCAGCGGUAUGUCCCAGUACAGUGAUAGCAAGGCGGAUCAAUUGCGUGAAUCAAUGCAUCCGGAUGGACAGAUGCAACAUCAAGGACAGCGUAAUGUACAUAUUGGUCAGGGAGGCCCCCGUGGAAAUCGCGGUGGUUGGAUACCACGUGGUAAUAUCCAACGUGGACGUGGCCGAGGCGGCCGUGGUGGAGUCUUCCGUUCCAAUCAACCUGGAAAUGCUGGGGCCAAGCCCAAGAAUACCCUGAAGUUUGAAAAUGAUUAUGACUUUGAACAGGCGAACACCGAGUUUGAGGAGUUAAGAUCCCGACUAGCAAAGACCAAGAUUGACGCAGGUGCUGAGAACGAAAAGAAAGACGACAGUGGUAAUGAAACUGGUGCUGGUGAGAAUGAGCAGGAGGAGGACUCGGACGUAGUGCACUACGACAAAUCGAAAUCGUUCUUCGACAAUAUCAGCUGUGAGGCAGUUGAGAGGAGUAAAGGAAGAUCUCAACGUACGGACUGGAGAACAGAGAGAAAACUCAACUCUGAGACAUUCGGUGUAUCAUCAACGAGACGUGGAGGGUUUCGUGGACGUGGGUACUAUCACAAUCGUGGCAUGUCUGGUGGUAUGUACCGCGGUAAUAAUCAUGGCAAUGGUGGACAAAUGGGUGGAUAUCGUGGCAACUACAGGGGACAACGAGGUGGUAAUAAUGCUAAUCGUAAAACUGGACAAAAUCAGAGUAACAAUGCCGGCCAAAAUCGUAAUAACAACGAACAAAAUGCCAAUCAGCCACAGCAGACUAAUCGUCUUAUACCUGGCGUUGUAUAAAAUCAAUUGAUCACUCAUCACCGAAAAAUAUAAUCAUUCUCCCCUUACCCUUCAAAUAAUUUAGAUUAAUGAGAGGCAAAAGAGGAUUAGCGAUUUCACGGUUUGAAUAAAAAUCGACAAGAGACAAUUUAUAAGUAUUUACCUUAGAUUAAGAUUUUUACAAAUAUGUGCUUUCAUGUCAAAAACAACAAAAAAAAUGAAAAAGGAUACAAAUUGAACAUAGAAUUUUUGAGCCAGAUUGAGUCCCACUUUUGGACUGAUUAAUGAGACUUUGGUUUAAGUGGGAUGUAGAAAUUAUUGAAUAUGUAUUUGAUGUUCGAUUGAUGGAGAUUGGCAGUGUGAAUGGUAAAUUCUUUAAUCGCGUAUUAUUGAGUUAUUAUUAUGCGAUUGAUCGACGGCCAUUUGAAGAAUUUAUUUCCACAUAAUAGAUGAACAAAAGUUUAUGAAGUAUCGGGUUCAAAGGGUUUGGGGGAGAUGAGAAAAAUAAUUAAAUUAGUGGAGGGAGAUAAUGAACUUGAGAGAAGUUUUCUGUUAAGCUUCGGUGAAACUGGCUGUAUUUUAAAUGUAAUAAUCACGAGACAUAGAUUUGUAAAAAAGGGUUUCAGGGAAUUGGUGAUGAGGAGAUAUUCGGAUCUGUUAAUUAGCCCUCAGUGUUUCUCCCUCUUCAUUUGCAUGACGAGAGUUCUGCGAUUGGCAUUAAAUCAAUUAAUAUAAAAAGAAAGGUUGUACGAUGUUGGCAUUUUUAAUGGGGAGAAUUCAAUGUGUUUCAACCAUCAACGGUUAUUAAACUGAACAGCUCCAUACGUUUUUCUUAUAUUUAUGUGUACAGAGAGUAUGUGUAUAUAGUAUGUAUGCACAUACUGAUAAUUAGCGUGCAAUGAGUCUUGUCCCUAGAAUUUACGGUUAAUAGUUACGAUUUAUGCUAUUCAUUGUUGAAAUCUCAGCCCAUAUAAAUGUGAAACUACCUCCAGUGCAUUAUUUCGUAUGUUGAGCCAAUUUUUCAAUAUAAAAUACAAAGGUUAUGCUAUUUACCAGUGGAACAUGGAGGGAGUGAAUCAUAAUUUUGUUUAUUGCAGAAAAACAAAAAUUUUCCAGUUGUAUUAUAUCAAAUAAUAAAAUAAUCAAUUUUGUAACGCUAAUUAUGAGUUUUUGCACAUAUGGUAUCCAACAAGGGAAAUAUCUGUGGGCUCGCUUUAGUAACCAAUGAUGUUUAAAACUCAAUAUUUUCUCACUAAUCGAAAAUAUGGCGUAGCGGUUUGUAUCCGCGCAGUCGGAAGUCGAUGGGAUGUUUUAUUGCCAAACGAGUGGGGAAAUACUGAGAUCAUAUAAAAUAAAAAUUAUAUAAUUAACACUGAUUACCACGGAUGUCAUGGAUCGUGGUAGAUACGAAUAAACGACUAGUUAUUUGGCCGUCGAAUUAACAAUAACUAGAUUGAAGUGUAAAAAGACGAAUUAUCCCGAACAUGUUUGAGUGAUAGCUUAUCAAUGUAAAAUGCCUCAUGGAUGGUAUAUAAAAUAUGUAAUAAAUGUGAAAUUGCGAGAAAUGAAAUAAAAGAGGGCGCAAUGUAAGCAUUAAAAACAGGUAAAAGAACAAGAAAAAGUGAAAAUAGGAGGAAAAAAAUGGUGUUUCGUAAAAUAGUCAAUUUUUUGUGGGCGCUUGAGGGAUAAACUGAAUAAACUUAAUAAAAAUAAAUACAAAUCGUUGUCCGGAACGACGAAAUACCGAACAGAAUGAAAUUACGCAAUUUGAAUUGAUAAUAAAUCGGUACAAUUGUCGCAUAAAUUAAUAUUCAAUCAAUUACGAAUGAAUUUGUUAAUUGGCGCCAGUGAAGUCAGGAUAACGGAGAAGUCAUUGAAACGUAACGAAAGAAGCUAAUGAAUUUACUCGUGGGAAUACGCAUUACAAUUAUUAUUAAUUAUUUACGAUUAUAAUUUCUUUUUUUUACAAUAAAUAGGCAUGAAGACAGGAGAAAUAAAACGGGAAUAUGAGAUAAAAAAUAUCGCCUGAGCCCAAAUGAAUAGAAUUAGGAGACGAUGCGCGAUUGAUUCCGAAAAUAAUACAGCCUAGAACUUUAAUAUUAGUUGACCAUAAACCAGUAAAAACAAAUUAAUUUCACGAGAAUGAAAUAUUAUGGCCAGAUGAAUUGAAAAAAUUACGUUUUUAGGUGUUUUACAAUAUUUACUGAAGUGUUUUUUUGAUUUUUCAGAACGUCUAGACUAGCGUGGGUGUGUGCGAAAAUUCAGUGAGCAUGAUUGCACGGUGAUUGUCAUAGAACACGAACACUGUAGGAAAAUGGGGGGAAAUAAUAGGAACAAAAUGCAAUGAUUGAAUAAUAGUAGAAAGGGGUAAAUUGUUCGCGGCUGUUAUUUUUGUAUGGUCCCCCAAUACGGGUCCCGUCUCAAAUAAGUAUAUACAUAAUACAUGGAAAUAAAGUUGAGUGAAAUGGAGAUGAUACAAAACAUACACACACUUAUGAAGGUUCGCUGUCUGGAAGAAAAAUAAAUAAAUGAGAAAAAAGGAUAUCAAUUCAGAGUAGCCAAAUUAAUGAUUAUAGCUUGUGUGCAUUGAUAUCCGUCUUCAAAGAGGAUGGAGAUACAGGUUAUUGAUGGAGAACGUACGUUUUAUGUUUUUUUUUCUCUGUCGCAUGUAAUUUUGCGGUUGAACGCGAUUAUUCCUGACAAUGAAUGUGUUUCUUUUGUACAGCGGAUAUUGUGAUUCCCCAAUGAUGAAAAUAAUAACGAAAUGAAGCAAUUAAUGGA